CCUGCCGGGCUCCGCAUUCGUCCUCCCGCUCCCGCGGCGCACAGACCUGCUCCCGCCCGCCCCGGCACGGCGUCCCUGCCUCCUCUCGCCCUCUGUCUCUCGCCCGCUCGCCCUCUCCUUUCUCCCUCCCUCGCUCCGCGCCGACCAGCCGCCAGCAUGUCCGAGAUCCUGCCCUACGGCGACGAGAAGGUGGCCCGCUACGGGACCGACUCGGAAGUCAGCGAGCUCUCCUUCAGCUGCCGCCUCCAGGACACCAACUCCUGGGGCAACCAGUCCAAGAGGCCCCCCAAGCUGGGGCAGAUUGGCAGGGCCAAGAGAGUGGUGAUCGAAGACGAUAGAAUAGACGAGGUGCUGAAGGGCAUGACAGACAAGUCGCCUUCCGGGGUAUAAAGCGGCUCGCCCAGGCGCCUGCAACCCGAGCUGCAGGACGUGAUCACUGAGAUUUUUAAGCACUUUCGGCUGUGCAUGUUUGUUGGGAUUGUGAACAACGAAAAGGAAAACGAGGAGGAAAAAAUAAAACACCAAGGGGGAAAAGCAAAGGAAGGAGAAUGAGGCUGCUGGCGACACCCUCUACCCAACCCAACCCAGACCCCCCCCCCAACCGAGGAGGUAACCGAUGGGGGGUCACCUCACCCUCCUCUGCACCCCCAACCGAGCGUAAAAAAACAAAAGGGACACGAAAGAGAUCUUGUCACCCGUCUCUCUGUCCUGAUCUUACUUAAAAACAAACAAAAAUAAUGCACGACGCCCAACUAACCCGAACGGGAGUUGCCUCGAAUCCAGAACCCUUCCAAGACGGAAGCGGGCCCUUUAUUCGCGACGCCGGAGCGUUUGCGCCUCGGGGGGAGCUGUCCGUUUCAGCACCAGUCCUGGUCUCCGAGCACCAUCUUCUUGACGCGCUCGCACGCUGAGGAGCUGUCCGUUUCAGCACCAUCUCCGCCGACGCGCUUGCUUGUGUUGUGUUGUGUUUUUUCUUUUCUUUUGCCGCGGAGCUGACCACUGCGGCAUCUUCCUCGCCUCUGUGCUGGGGUGCUGUUUGUUUCUCCCCCCCCCGCCCACCCCUUCCUCUCCCCCCUCCCCUUCUGUCCAGUCCUCAGCGGCAGUAAAGCCCCCCCCCUUGUCUGGGGUGACCCCAUGCCACGACAUGAAGGUGCUGUUUUUCUGUGAGCUCUGAGCCACAGGAUCGCCCGGAGCUCUCUAUUUUUAGGUGUGUGUGUGGGGGGGUCUCCUUUAGCAAUGCACUUUACACCGUUCAC